AUGUGGCUUAAAAGCAAACACACUGUAGUGGCUCUUCUCGCCGCACCUGCGGCAGCCGUCACACAGAUAUCCAACGAUGAAAUGAACAACUUCCUCAACCAGGGCGCUGUCGAGCUCGCUACCCGUUACGCACCUCUCUGGUUCUUCGGCCAGGCAGUGGACCAACCUCCCUGUUAUCCGACCUGGGCUUUCAGCGGCUCACCCAACUCGUCGGACAUUUACGACGCAGCUCACAAAACACCCGCUGCACCGCAGUGCGAGUAUCCAGACGUGGGCUGUGGAUGUCGCAAACCUGGAGUUGCAACAGGGAAUCCUGGCCCUGCAUUCCCCAUCUACUACACGUUCAAGCAGUGCAACGAGACCGAUGUGCGGGUAGUGUAUAACCUGUUCUAUGAAAAGGACGGGGCCGAGGUGCUGGAUCUGAUUGACACCGGCCAUGACUAUGACUGGGAGCGAGUUGUCAUCAUCCAUUCACGAAAUGCGAACAACACCUGGCAACCCUCUCGAGCACUCCUGUCAGCCCAUAGCGGCUACCAUAAUCUGGCAUGGGGUAGCAUCCAUAGCACGCUGACCACAGAGCAAAUCAACGCUGGAGACGCUCGAAAGCCUGAUGGUGUCAAGAACAAUGACCAUCCAAAGGUGUAUGUGUCGUGGUCGAAGCAUGCACAUUUCGAUACCGUCUUGACUACCUGGGUUGAUCCGCUCAGCCAGUCACUCGAUAAUGCGUUUCGCAGCGAUGACUGGUGGCACUUUGUCGACCAGAAGUACUAUAUACGAUCGGAUAACUCGACCGCAGCUGGAAUAGCAUUCAACAGUACAGAUUGGGGGUCAGCGACAAAAAUUCAAUCCCUCACUCCAACAACAUCACAACAACAACAACUUCAUCAACAAUUCCUACCCCUUCCCACAGAAAUAACUUCCCAACCCAACUCCUCAACAACAAUGUCCUGGACCCAAAAAACCUUCACCCUGCCAGCCCGCUCACGCGGCAGCUACCUCAUCACGGACCACGUGCUGGAGCAACUCCCCGAGAUCAAAAACUACAAGGUCGGCAUGCUGAACCUGUUCGUGCAGCACACGAGCUGCGCGCUGUCACUGAACGAGAACUGGGAUGAUGAUGUGCGCGCGGAUAUGAGCGAUGCGCUGGAUCGCAUCGCUCCGUAUGAUAAGAAGGGGAAUCUUUAUAGACAUUCGGCUGAGGGGGAGGAUGAUAUGCCGGCUCAUAUCAAGUCCGCAUUGAUUGGCGCUUCGGUUACGAUUCCCAUCUCGAAUGGCCGCUUGGCUACGGGCACAUGGCAGGGUAUUUGGUACCUGGAGUUUAGGGCCAUGAGACACUCUCGGAAGGUGGUUGCUACGAUUCAGGGUGAGAAGGCUUGA